UUAGCGUCAUAUUAAGAACAACGACAUGCGCAAGUUCAGCUUGAUUUCGUUUUCGCUAGGUGAAGGGGGAAAUCACCACGGUGACACCGCCGCUGAGGAGCCGUGGUUACAGCAUAAUGAUUCCGACAGGAAACACCUACACAGUCUAGAACGCGCCCCAUCGUACACGGAGGUUUUAUUAUUUAACAUCCCGCAUUUAAAGUACGCAUUUAUUCAUUUGGAGACUGGACCCACAAUGGUGGGAGAUGAACAUUCAGAUCCAGUCAUAAUGAACUACCUGGGAGCCAGGAAGACGACGAUGCUGGGUAACAACUUCUCAGAAUACCACGUGGACGAACCGCCUCGGGUUGUCCUGGACAAGCUAGAGAACAUUGGGUUCCGUCUGGUGACCAUGACUGGCGUGGGCCAGACGCUGGUGUGGUGUCUGCACAGAGACACAGUCAGCCGGGUCGGAACAACGCCUGCACGCGAGUGGGUCGACGCAGACCCCACCCGUAGGGUCCCAGACGGGCCACGGGCCUCUCCUUGUGAAUAGAGUGAUGUGGGUGGUCAAGGUUUUCUUUAUUUUUUGGAAAUCAUAAUCUUCAUCUGUCAUGUAAAAUGUCGAAUCUAAACCAUUCUGGGCAGUAUUCUCUAUUCAUGUAUUGUUAUUAAUUGUUUUUUUUUUUAAAUAAUGGUGCCAGCCUUGUUUUUAUUCAAUACUAAGCUUAAUGCGAUUAAGUCUAGCCAGAGAAGUGUUUACAUGCACCAAAAAUGUGUUUUCUGUUUGUGUGUCUGAUCACAGCCUGUCAUGUGCCACUGACAGCAGGAAUGACAUAUAAUCCUAUUUGUGAGUGUAAAGUAUUUCUUUUGUUAGGGGGUGAUGAAGAAAUAUGUCCUCAACCUGCCCGGACCGUGUGGUUUUGGACUUCCUUGAAAGGCUAGGGGUAAAUUCAGACUCUUCUAUCCAUUCUAGGAAGGACUAAACCCCCCUUGCUGAGCUCCCACCCCCAGUGUGCAAUGCAGUCGUGCUGGGGGGGUGUGAGACACAAAGAGUCUCUGGGUCAUAUUUACAGAGUGUCCUGAAAGGCGGCUAAAUAUACACAGAAUGGAUGCGUCUCUGGGGGGCUGUGAGGAGGAGCUGAAGGGGGCGGGGGGGGACAAGGCGGCUGAGCUCCUCGUUCCCAGCAUGCAGCAGCAACAGUCCGCCAUCGCCGCUCCUUCUGUCGAUACUGUGCUCCUUUGUGUGCAGAUGAGAGAUCUGCGUAAACAUGCCAAAUGUGUGUAACAAGGGGCGGCAUACAGAAAAUAAAGAUGGCAAAAGGUC